GCGCAGCUCACAAGUAGCUUGACCUGGAGGGGAGCAGUGUUAAGGCCACUCCCCUCCCCCUUCCUACACUCCCUGAGCACAUUUCUUACUUCUCCUGCCUCUCUGCUCAGUAGCCCAAUGGGAUUCUGUGAGGAUUCUUGGAAAUCUAUCCAUAUGUAUUUCCUGGAGGAAUGGACUUUGAAAUUUCCUUUAAGUUCAGAACUGACCAAAUGAAUGGAUUACUUUUAUUUGUGUACAAUAAGGAUGGACCAGAUUUUCUUGCUACAGAGUUGAAGAGUGGAUUGCUGAGCUUCCUGUUAAAAACCAGUAUUACUUUUACACAAGUGGAUCUAUGGUUGGGACUCUCCUAUUGUGAUGGAAAGUGGAAUAAAGUAACCGUGAAAAAGGCAGGCUCAGUAAUAUCAGCAAGUCUGAAUGAAUUGAUGGAGCAUGUGUCAGAAUCCAGUGCCCAGCCACUGAUGGUGAAUUCCCCAUUCUAUGUUGGAGGAAUUCCACCAUUGCUGCGGGACACCUAUAAAGAACUAAGUUUAGAACAAGAAAGUCAAUAUUUAGGUGCCCAAGUAGUUGAAAGGAACCAUGGAAAAGGUACAUGUUUCGGUGGUUGCAUGAAGGAUGUUAAAUUUACACGAGGUGCUGUCGUUAACUUGGCAUCUGUGUCCAGCAGUGCUGUCAGAGUCAAUCUGGAUGGAUGCCUAUCAACUGACAGGGCUGUUAACUGCAGGGGAAAUGACUCCAUCCUAGUUUACCAGGGGAAAGAGCCAAGUGUUUAUGAGAGUGGUCUACAGCCAUUUACAGAAUAUCUGUACAGAGUGGUGGCUUCAAAUGAAGGAGGAUCAGCAGAAAGUCUUUGGAGCCGUGGCCGUACAAAAGGAACAGCUCCACAAAGUGUGCCAACUCCCUCAAGAGCUCACAGCAUAAAUGGUUACAGCAUUCAAGUGACCUGGGAUAAACCUGUUGGGGUCAGAGGUAUAAUUGAGAAGUACAUUGUGAAGGCAUAUGAUAAGAAUGGUCAUCAUGUACCUGCUGCCAGUGUUGAGUUUGUCAACACCAGUGCUCUCACAGGUAAAUCGCAUUGCCUAAUAGAGUAGAUUAAAGAAAAGAGGAUUUUGGCUUUUGUUUGUUUUUGAAUAAAAAUUCUCAUUAAGCUGGGAAAUGUUUUCUUAAGUGCUUUCAAGGAUGCUUCUUCAUCUGUACAAAUAAACACCUAC